GGGUUAGUCCUACUCAACGACAAGAAAGAACACAUGGAUGGUUACACCCAGCUGUUAGACAGAGAAAGGACAAGUCUGAAAAGUCUUGUGUCAGACAUGGCCACCCAGAAAGAAGAAUUGGACAAACCAAUGCAGCUAAAGUUGGAGGCUGACAAACUUGAUCUUGAGAAACUAAAGGCAGAGCUGAGGAAAGAGAAAGAUGACCUGAACGAAGAGAAGGAAAUCUUGGCCAAGGAAAAACUGGAAUUGGAACUGAUGAGAUGUGACAUCCAGAAACAAAGUGACCUCCUGGAAGAAGAGAAAUACAAGAUUAAACAGGAAAGAGACACACUGGAAAUGACCAAGGCUGAGAUUCAAUUGGAGAAAGAAGAUGCAAACAAACUGUCAGAGGAGAUUAACGCACAGAAAACCAAGAUGAAAGAGAUGACCCUUCAGCUUGACACAGAAAGAGACCAACUUGACAACAGCAUGAACAAAAUAUCCUUGAAACAACAAGAACAAGAGCUCAAGGAAGCUGAGCUCCAAGCGCUGCAAGAGAAAAUGGAGAGCACCCAGCGCAGUGUACUUUCAGCAAGACAAGAACUGGAAGAUCUGAAGAACAAUCUCAACAAGCAGAAGGAUGAAGUGGAAGCUGGCAUGACCAUCAUCAGGGAAGAGAGACAACAACUCAAUCAGAUAAAGAUGGAUUUGGAGAGGGGAAGAGAAAUGCUCAUAACCGAAAAGCAGAAAAUAAGGUCUGAGGAGGAGGACCUGGUGAACAAAAUGAAACCAAUGGAAUUGCUCAAAGUCAAACUUCAACAGCUGAAUGAAAAGAUGAGUUUAGACCUGAAAAACAAAAUGGACAGUCUGCAGCAGAAAAAUGAAGAUCUGCAAAAGCUGUACUCUGGAUUGGAGCAGGGGUUAGUCCUACUCAACGACAAGAAAGAACACAUGGAUGGUUACACCCAGCUGUUAGACAGAGAAAGGACAAGUCUGAAAAGUCUUGUGUCAGACAUGGCCACCCAGAAAGAAGAAUUGGACAAACCAAUGCAGCUGAAGUUGGAGGCUGACAAACUUGAUCUUGAGAAACUAAAGGCAGAGCUGAGGAAAGAGAAAGAUGACCUGAACGAAGAGAAGGAAAUCUUGGCCAAGGAAAAACUGGAAUUGGAACUGAUGAGAUGUGACAUCCAGAAACAAAGUGACCUCCUGGAAGAAGAGAAAUACAAGAUUAAACAGGAAAGAGACACACUGGAAAUGACCAAGGCUGAGAUUCAAUUGGAGAAAGAAGAUGCAAACAAACUGUCAGAGGAGAUUAACGCACAGAAAACCAAGAUGAAAGAGAUGACCCUUCAGCUUGACACAGAAAGAGACCAACUUGACAACAGCAUGAACAAAAUAUACAUGAAACAACAAGAACAAGAGCUCAAGGAAGCUGAGCUUCAAGUGCUGCAAGAGAAAAUGGAGAGCACCCAGCGCAGUGUACUUUCAGCAAGACAAGAACUGGAAGAUCUGAAGAACAAUCUCAACAAGCAGAAGGAUGAAGUGGAAGCUGGCAUGACCAUCAUCAGGGAAGAGAGACAACAACUCAAUCAGAUAAAGAUGGAUUUGGAGAGGGGAAGAGAAAUGCUCAUAACCGAAAAGCAGAAAAUAAGGUCUGAGGAGGAGGACCUGGUGAACAAAAUGAAACCAAUGGAAUUGCUCAAAGUCAAACUUCAACAGCUGAAUGAAAAGAUGAGUUUAGACCUGAAAAACAAAAUGGACAGUCUGCAGCAGAAAAAUGAAGAUCUGCAAAAGCUGUACUUCUGGAUUGGAGCA